UGAACUGAUGUCAACUGACAAACAAGAUGGCCAAGAAGAAGAAGAAGCAACUCACACAGAUGAAGACCCGCCAGAAGCCGGAGCCGGAACCGGAAGGUCAGCCGGAGCAGCCACCUCUGCAAGACGACGAGACAGUAGAGAAUCUUAGCAUCCCAGUACUGUCGGAAUAUCCUCAGCGAGAUGAAAGUCCCUACAAGACCGCCCCCAUCACAUUUAAAGUGGGGGACGAAUACUACACCGUUCUACAAUACUACCUGCGUCCUUACGCUCGGCUCAAGUGCAAUGCAUCCGACGUCUACCGAGGGCGCAGCACAUACAACGAUUGCUCGGGCUGGGUGGACGGCCAACUUUAUCAUCUUAAGCUGACCAUCGAACCCCGAGCCGCCCAUACCUUUAUCCAUUACCUCUGUACUGGUCACUAUGAGACUCUGUACAGCCUGUGCCCACCCGUCGAGACUGCCGUAGAGGCUUCCAAUAUCCUACGCGCCCGUGACAUUGAGGAGCUUGCGCGCGCGAUUCAUACCUACGCCGCGGCGGUGCGGUACGAAGUCCCCGAGCUACAGGAGCUGGCCAGGGACUUCCUGGAGCGAUUCGCCGAGCGGCUACCGACGGAGGAGUUCUUGAAAGUGACAAGGGAAGUAUAUGACAGUCUUGGCGAUGAGAUGACCCGCGCCUGGCUUGAAGGGUUUGUUCGGCGGCGUUUAGAGUUAGAAUUCAUGGAUGAGAAAGUGUCUCUGCGCCAGAUCAUCAGGGAAUAUGGCAUUGGGAAGCAGGAGAGCUUUGAUCGCUUCAUUGUCGAUGAGACCUUGGUCCUUUUCGAGAGGGCGAUAGAGGAGGCCAAUCAAGUCCUUACUGGACUGGGUGAGUCGGAGGAAGUGUCUGAGCCGGACCUGCUGGCUGAGUCUGUUCCGGAGCCGGAGCCUGAACCUGAACCAGUACCUGUGCUCGAAGCUGAGCUUGAGGUCGAGCUCGAGGUCGAGCCUGAGGCUGAGCCUGAUGUUGAGCCUGAUGUUGAGCCUGAUGUUGAGCCUGAUGUUGAGCCUGAUGUUGAGCCUGAUGUUGAGCCUGAUGUUGAGCCUGAUGUUGAGCCUGAGAUUGAGCCUGAGAUUGAGGUUGAAGAAGAUCCUCUACCAGAGCCUGUGCCAGAGCCAGAGAUUGUCUCAGACCUGGAGCCAGAACAGCCGCUGGAACAAGGGAUGAAGCCUGAAUCCGAGUCUCGGUUGUGGGAAGAUCAACCCGCAUUGCAACCUGUGCAGGAACCUGAACCGGAAGGUCCCGUCGCGACGCAAGCUUUGGAAGAUGCCUCUGGGGACAACACGUGGGCCCCCUACUUGAAAAGGGCCAAGACGAAAAAGAAGAACAACAAGAAGAAUCAUAAGCGGCAAGAGCCGGUCGAGGAGAUGCUGCAGCCCGUAGCUGAGCUGAUGUCAGAAGUGGUUGCUGAUGAACCGGUCUCUUGGUCUCUUACAGGAGAGGUGAAUCUGGUAGCUCCGUGAAAUUGGGGUUUAUUUUGCGUUUCCUCUCCAUGUCAGAGGUUUUCUUUCCAGUCAUGCAGUGGCUCUAUCUCCGAGUGUCAGACUCAAGGCUUAGAUACUCC